UCUGGGCGAAAGGUUUGCAAGCUGUCGGCUUUCUCGGACCUUUGCAACAGGUUCGACGGGGGAGGAGGGUUAGUGGAAGGGUGGUGCUUUGCCUGAGGAGCCAUGACUUCGGAUCUGGAGGAAAGAGUGCGUGCGGCUUUCCACGACAAACUGCUACUAAUGAAAAUCCCUGAAAAAGAAGAUGACUUCUUGCCCUCUGGAUGCUGCCUGCUGGAGAAACGGAGAGAAGAGACAGAGGUGGAACAAGCUCUGUUAGCCCAGAAAGAGGAAUUUCAGAUGAAGAUGGAGAGUCUGCAGCAUCGUCGGCAGGAGCUGGCGAGCAAGGAAAAGCAGCUCAAAGAGGCGGUCUUGAAAUUUGACAAGUUCCUGAAGGACAACGAUGCCAAACGCAGCCGGGCCCUGCGGAAAGCUCAGGAAGAGCAGCAACAGGCAACGCAGAGAGGAAGAGAAGCGGAACACCUUCGGCAGGAAAUAACCCGGCUGCUCUCUGCAAAGGAGAAGCUGCAGCAACGUCUUAAGGCCCACAAGGCUUUCCCUGAAUUCCUGCAAAAAGUUGUGGCAAAAGCAGAGCAGUUUCAGGAAAUCCCGGAGCUGGUCGGCCGUUUUCAGACCCUAAUGGCCACCCAGGCCAAGUUGGCAGAGAGGGAGCUUGUGAACCGUGAAGCCAUGGAAGAGGAACAUGCCCACCUGCAGAAAUACGUGGAGGAGAGCAGCAACCAGAUCUUGCAGCAGAACAACCAAAUCGCACAACUGCAGGCCCAGCUGGAACAGGCCCAGAUCAGAGUUCACAAAGGGGAGUCCAUCUGGAACAGAAUCCAGAACACAGCUGCCGAGAAGACCUUGCAGGUGGGGCAGAUCAAGCUGGCCGCUUGGAACCUCUUCCAGAUGGUGGCCAAGCACAGGAAACUGCCGGCUGAUGUGCCCCAAGAAGACACAGAAGCUCAACUGGAUGCGGUCAAACUGUGUAUGGUAGACUUAAUUGAUAUGCUGGCUGAUUUCCGUAAAGGGGACCCUCCCCCAGUUCCCCAGCCUGAGCCGACAGCAAGUCCUCAAUCUGAGCUCACCAAGACAUAUCCAUCAUCUAGGACAAACACAUCACUCUCUACACAAAAGAAUAAAGGGACACCAACUUGACCCCAAAAUGGCAACGCUUAGAAAUCACUGGGAAAACCAUUUUGAUUUCCUGGAAACACGCAGUUGCAGACACUCGGCCAUUAUUUUUUAAAUAACUUCCAGCUGCUGAAUUUGAGCUGGUCAGGGAAUGUUGUUGCAUUCAGCAAUUAAAAAGAAGGCACUCAUCACCGUCUACAGGCCUGAUUAACCAUAGCCAAAGGAGGAACCUUGUGUUGUUACGCGUGAUUCUGGCUAUGAUUUUCACAGGGGCCAUGUUGAAUAUGCUUGAGUUUACUAAAAAUGUUCUGGAUUCCAACUGUUUAAAAGGCUGUUUGUUUGUAAUAGCAAAAAAGUUAUCCAUCUCUGGGGAGGAGAGACAUUGGGAAGGAAAGCGGCAUAUGCAUUUAUUAAAGAGACAAAAUGAAUCAAA